GUUGCAGUCAAGUGAGGAAGACAACACACCAGAUUUCUGAGAGAACCAAAGAUCAACACCAGUGCAAUUCUGCAAGAUGGAGUACCAGGGACAGCAGCAGCAGGCCCAGGCGGCCAACCGCGUGGACGAGUACGGUAACCCGGUGGCCGGCCACGGCACCGGCGCGGCCACUGGUGGGCAUAUCCAGCCCCUGAAGGACGAGCACCAGGCUGGCGGCGGGAUCCUGCACCGGUCCGGCAGCUCGAGCUCCAGCUCGUCUGAGGAUGAUGGCAUGGGCGGAAGGAGAAAGAAGGGCAUCAAAGAGAAGAUCAAGGAGAAGCUCCCCGGUAGUCACGCUGACCAGCAGCAGACCGCUGGCACCUACGGACAGCAAGGUCAUACGGCAGGGAUGGCCGGCACCGGGGCGCAUGGGGCGCAUGGCACCACGGCCUCCGGCGGCACCCAGGGGCUGCAGGGACACACCGGAAUGACCGACACGGCGACUCACGGCGCCCACGGCACGGGCGAGAAGAAGGGCGUCAUGGACAAGAUCAAGGACAAGCUGCCCGGACAGCACUGAACACGGCCCGCGGCCACCUUGGCAGAAUAAUAAGAUGGAGAUACAAUAAAACUUCCUGAAACAAACUGAGAUUUAGCUCACUUGUAAUGUCUGAGUUCUGAGUUUUGUAGACUUGAAUUUGGGUUUCUUGUACGUACCCGGGUCUAUUUCUACAGCAUCGUCCAAAAUAUAAAUAUAAUUGCUUCCAGAAUCUA